AUGCCUCUUGCGGGGAACAUCUACUACAUUGCGGCCAUCGCCGUCAUUGGCGGUGGUCUAUUUGGUUUUGACAUCUCGUCGAUGUCUGCCAUUAUAGAGACGCCUGCCUACAAGUGUUAUUUCAACCACGGACCAUUGGGUCCUCCUUUCACCGAUGACGAUCACUGUAGUGGGUUGAGCUCUCUGUCUCAGGGUGGUGUCACUGCUUCUAUGCCCGCUGGUUCGUGGCUUGGUGCUUUGAUUUCCGGUUUUAUCUCGGAUCGCCUUGGACGUCGUUAUUCUAUUAUGGUUGGAUGUGUUGUCUGGGUUAUUGGCUCUGCUAUUAUCUGCGCUUCUCAAAACAUGGGUAUGCUCAUUGGUGGCCGUGUUAUCAACGGUCUCGCCGUCGGCAUUGAAUCAGCUCAGGUUCCUGUCUACAUCUCUGAGCUUGCUCCUCCCUCAAAGCGUGGUCGCUUGGUCGGAUCCCAGCAGUGGGCUAUCACCUGGGGUAUUCUGAUCAUGUACUACAUCUCCUUCGGUUGCUCCUACAUUGGUGGCAAGACCGCCACUACCUACAGUACCGCCGUCUUCCGUGUUCCCUGGGGUAUCCAGAUGCUUCCCGCUAUCCUCCUCUUCUUUGGCAUGAUCACCCUCCCCGAGUCCCCCCGCUGGCUCGCACGCAAAGACCGUUGGGAAGAAUGCAAACAAGUCCUCACCCUGGUCCACGGUAAGGGUGACCCGAACAGCCCCUUCGUCAUGGCUGAGAUGCAAGAGAUUGGCGAGAUGUGCGAGUUCGAGCGCCACAACGCCGACGUCUCAUACCUGGAACUCUUCAAGCCCAAGAUGCUCAACCGCACGGUUAUUGGUGUCUUUAUGCAGAUCUGGUCCCAGCUGACUGGUAUGAACGUCAUGAUGUACUACAUCACUUACGUCUUCACUAUGGCGGGCUACUCUGGCAACGCUACCCUCCUCGCCUCUUCCAUCCAGUACAUCAUCAACGUCGUGACCACCGUUCCCGCCCUGAUUUGGGUUGACCGUUGGGGUCGUCGACCUACUCUCCUAAUCGGUGCUGCCUUCAUGAUGACCUGGAUGUAUGCCAACGCCGGUUUGAUGGCUGCCUAUGGUGUCGUCGUCCCCGGUGGUAUCGGUGGAACUCCCGAAGAGUCGAUGCGCCUGAGCGGUGCUCCUGCCAAGGCCCUCAUCGCUUGUACCUACCUCUUCGUUGCCUCGUACGCUCCCACUUGGGGUCCCGUUUCCUGGGUAUACCCUCCCGAGCUGUACCCUCUUCGCGUCCGCGGAAAGGCCGUCGCUCUCGCUACAUCCGCCAACUGGGCUUUCAACACCGCACUGGGUCUUUUCGUUCCCUCUGCUUUCGCCAAUAUCCGCUGGCAGACUUACAUCAUCUUCGGUGUCUUCCUCACUGUUAUGUGGGUCCACGUUUUCUUCAUGUUCCCAGAGACUGCUGGCAAGACUCUUGAGGAGACGGAGCAGAUCUUCGAGGAUCCCAACGGUAUUCCCUACAUUGGUACCCCUGCCUGGAAGACUAGCCACGACAGCAAGCGCACUGCCGCUGCCGAGCGUGGUGAUGUUGAGGUCCUGGGCGACAAAUUGGCCAUGAGCGAGAAGACUGCUGCUGCCCAUGCCGAGCACACCGCUGAAACUUCCGAGUAA